GAGAGAGAGAUACAGAGAGCGAGAUCAAGAGGAAGGAAAACAUAAUAGCAAAAUAAAGAGAAAUCUAAAGGAGACCGAGAGAAAGCCCGGAGAGACUAAGAGAGAGAGUGAGAGAGAGCGUGUGAGAGAGAGAAAGAGCCGGCCUAUUGGAAAAAGAUGGCUACAGUCACCGCGAACGGAUUGCAGCAGGAGAAGGGAUUCAGCACCAUGAACAGCUCCGGCAGGAUGAACGGGCUGAGCUUGGGGCAGAGUACCAUUCCGAUGAAGGACCACGAUGCCAUCAAGCUGUUCAUUGGGCAAAUCCCUAGGAACCUGGAGGAGAAAGAUCUUAAACCGCUCUUUGAGGAAUUCGGCAAGAUCUAUGAGCUCACCGUGCUGAAAGAUCGGUUCACGGGGAUGCAUAAAGGAUGUGCUUUUCUAACAUAUUGUGCCAGAGAGUCGGCCCUGAAAGCUCAGAGCACCCUGCAUGAGCAGAAGACUCUUCCUGGGAUGAACAGGCCCAUCCAGGUGAAACCAGCUGACAGUGAGGGAAGAGGAGAAGACAGGAAGCUGUUUGUGGGCAUGCUGGGGAAGCAGCAGAGCGAGGAGGACGUGCGGAGACUGUUUGAGGCCUUCGGUCAGAUCGAAGAGUGCACCAUCCUGAGGGGGCCUGACGGGGCUAGCAAGGGUUGUUCCUUUGUGAAGUUCUCCUGCCACGCAGAAGCACAGACUGCCAUCAACAACCUGCAUGGAGGCCAGACCAUGCCGGGGGCCUCGUCGAGCCUGGUGGUAAAGUUUGCGGACAGUGAUAAGGAGCGCACACUGAGGAGGAUGCACCAGAUGGCCGGGCAGCUGGGAAUCUUCAGCCCCAUGACCAUCCAGUUCGGGGCCUAUGGAGCUUACACUCAGACGCAGCUAAUGCAGCAACAGGCAGCGCUGAUGGCAGCAGCACAGGGGUCCUACCUGAGCCCCAUGGCCGCGAUCGCUGCAGCACAGAUGCAGCAAAUGGCAGCUUUCAAUGUCAACGGCCUGGUGGGGACCCCCAUGACACCCUCCUCAGGCACCAGUACCCCCCCUGGGAUCAGUGCCACUGCUGUGCCCAGCAUAGCGACGGCCAUUGGGGUGAACGGGUUCAGCGCUCUCCCACCCCAGAGCAACGGGCAGCCAGCCUCCGAGCCGAUCUACACCAAUGGGAUCCACCCCUACCCAGGUGGGCGCGGCUGGGGGCCCAGCGAGUGGUGUUUGGGGGGGGGGGACAGGGCAGCUACCAAUCAGAUCUACCCAAUCCUAGCACAAAGUCCCACUGUGGCGGACCCCCUGCAGCAGGCUUAUGCAGGCGUGCAGCACUACGCAGCAGCCUACCCAGCAGCCUACGCUCCGAUCAGCCAGGCGUUUCCACAGCAACCAGCCAUCAUUCCCCAGCAACAGAGAGAAGGGCCGGAGGGCUGUAAUCUGUUUAUCUACCACCUGCCCCAGGAGUUCGGCGAUGCGGAGCUCAUGCAGAUGUUCAUGCCGUUCGGCAACGUCAUCUCUGCCAAGGUGUUUGUGGACCGGGCCACCAACCAGAGCAAAUGCUUCGGUUUCGUCAGCUUUGAUAACCCAUCCAGCGCUCAGGCAGCCAUCCAGGCCAUGAAUGGCUUUCAGAUCGGCAUGAAGAGGCUGAAGGUGCAGCUCAAGAGGCCAAAGGAUGCCAACCGCCCAUACUGACCCCUUCAUGCUUCAACCAGGAGGAUGGGCCAUGGAGUUUACGAGUUCUAAUUUCCACAAGUGCAGUAUCAAUACAAAGACUCCUUGUUCCGCUACAUAUCAUGAAGGAAGGCGUCCCUCUGAUUUGGGUUUAGAAAGGUUGACAGAAUUGAAUGGAACGAGAUUUCUCCUAUUUUUUUUUUUUUGGUCGAUGAUGGGAAGAUUUAAAAUUCCGCAGAGGAAUGCUGAAACCAAGAUUUUGCUGCUUUUUAUGAAAUAUAAAAAAAAUGAGAUGGAAGAUACAGACAGACACACACAUACACACACAUACACACACACACACACACACGCUAGCCAGCUGAGGAAUGCUGAAACCAAGAUUUUGCUGCUUUUUAUGAAAUAUAAAAAAAAUGAGAUGGAAGAUACAGACAGACACACACAUACACACACAUACACACACAUACACACACACACACACACACGCUAGCCAGCUGGCUUCUUGGUUUCUGGGCCUAAUCUGAAGUUUGAAGAAGCCUGGCCGCAGGGCUUGAGGGUUUGCCAGAACGAACUGCACCCAGACUGUUGAGGAGAACCCUGGGAUUAUUUACAAGACAGGCACAUCAUUCCUUAGAAAAUAGGGACCAAAGGACUAAAUGCUUUUUUAAAACUCUUACCUUGUAGCUGCAAGUAUUACAAAAAAAACAAAAAAAAAAACAUUUAUAGUAGUUAAAAAAGUGAUUGUCUUAUGAAAUCCAAGCUGGCUGAAAUUGUUUGUCCCAGUAGCUAUUUGCUGUACUAGGUAGUGUAGAAAGUAGUUUUAUUAGACUACCCAUGUCAGCCAUUUUGUUUGGCUGUGGAGAGAAAAAGUAGAUAAAAUAUAUCUUUAUCUCUGUUUUCAUUUUAGGGAUAGUUUCAUUUAGGGGUUACAGCCGCUGGAUUUCUUCUUCAUCAUAAGUGUUGUACAUUUCAUAGCAAUUUGAGAAGAACACAAGAAUAUAAAUAUAGAACUGCAUUUAAAAACAAUGCCUUUGUAGGGCACAGUGUGGAUGUCAGAGGCUUACAAAAGGCCUUGGUUUGAGCGACAAUCUAUCGAAGAGACCAAGCAAAACGGACACAUUCAGUUGUUUGCAAUCAUAGUUUAAAACGACAAACAGAUUCUUAACUAUAAUUUAAAAUGGCUAUUAGAGAGCCUGACUGCUUCUGAAACUGUCAAAAGGAUGGAGGAAAUUUGUUGCCACACAAGCGAAAACAGUUUCGAUAUCUUGCAAAGAAAGGAGCAGGCUUUGGUUGCGAGUGAAGGCAGAGGAUUAUAUUGUUUUGUAUAUUUGUUCUAGUUGAUGCUGAGGGUAGGAUGGGAAUCAGAGAUACUUGGGUAGAUUUUCAAAUAUAUACUCUGCUUGGUUGCUAGGAGCCACGCUGUUUGCAGGACAGUGACCAAUAUCAAAAUUCAGUGAAAUGUGAUUGAUAUCGUUGGGUUUAGUUUGCAUCUACUACACAGAGCUAUCAAACGAUUCCUGUAAAUGUAUUGCCAUCCUUGUGUAGGCCUUACAUUGUGAGAUAUGAGACAUGCCCACAUUAUAGUUAGGUGAUUUUUUGUGGUAAUUAUGUAGUAGUGCUAUUAGUAAAGAAAGGGUAUCGAUUACUCCUGCAGAUACAUCACGUCCACUUCUGGUCACACUUCCAGAGUUCACAUGAAGGACUUCAGUCCACAUUGAAAACAUGUCAUGUCACAGGAAGGGAGGGACAAGCCAAAGCAUGAAGCUUCUGGGAGUCUUGAGAUCUGGUAAAGGAAAUGAAUGGCAAACAUUUAGAAUGUUUCUAGAAGAGUAUAAAAUAUACCUAUAUUCCUUCAAGUUUAUACUGUGUCUUAAAUUCCAGUACAGUAUAGUGAUGCCUGUAUUAAAAUCGCCAACAAGACACUACCAGAGUACACAAACAGCAACAUGACUUACUGCUGAGAAAAGACGAACCAAAACAUUACUGCCCGAUCUCGAAUCAUCCAUGACAUACAGGCAGCCAUUUUCAAAGAUGAGUCAUUCUUUCUGCGGACUUAGAAGAGAAGCUUUUACAAUUUCAGCAUUUCUAACAAACAGUACCAGCUUGGAUAGAUCAGAAAUGCUGAUCAGAACCCCAUAUUUUUUUCGACAUUACAACCAUAUAUAUGUCCACAGUUCAGAAAUUGGGAGAAAAACAGGUGUGAUUAAUCACUACUGGAAAUGAGAAGCAGUACAUAAAUGUAAUGCUCUGUGUGACAGCAGACGGCCGCAAACCGCCUCCAUAUGCGUAACUGAGGUUGUAUCUUUGUAAAUGCAGAUGUAUUUGAUGAUUUAAUUUUUCCUCAAAUUGAGGGUGGGAAAUUUGGGCUGCGUCUUAAAUUCGAGGGCGUCUUAAACUCUAAAGAAUACGGUAUAUAUAUAUACAGAUUGACAGCCUUUAUCUAUUGGCUUCACCAGGGGUGUUGUAGAUUUAUUAUGCAUUCAGUGAUUCAGUGCACAGGAGUUAAAACUACAGCUCCCAGGCUCCCUUUCACCCUGCAGAGGCCUUUCAUUUUCUGUUCUUGCUGCAGGCAGCAUUGAGGUCAAAAGUGUCUCACUGUCAUGAGGUAGGAGAAAGGAGCUAGCAAGAAUCUAGACAGGUGGUAUUUCGGGUGGCUUUUUACAGUACCCUUACUUUUCUCGGUUGAAAUCCUGGCUUAGUCAUCUUGCAAAAAAAUGGAGAGGUGAGGAUUAAAAGUCAAUGCCAAUUUGCAGAGAGAACAAAUAUGAGUAUGUCUAAAUUCAUGGAGAGCAGCAUACCAUAGCCACCAAGAACAAGUACACACAUGACACAAUGGGAAGGGCAUUGCUAACGGGAAAACUAACUCCACUUAAAUCUAGGUAAUGCCAUAUAGAAUUGGGGCGGGACAGUUUUGAUUUAGUUAAAUUAUUCCUAAAAAUACUGCUUUUCCGUAUGCCUGCGGAAUACUGCAACAGUGCAAAAGGAAAUGAUGAAAAAUCUGCAUAGUGUUAUGAGAGCAAUAGUAUACAAUUCCUUUUGAAAAGUCCUUGUAACCCAAUCACACAUGGUCAGUGUCCUGGAGACAGCGUUGCUCAGACUGGAACACACUGUUCUAAUAGUUCUAAUACAAAAUGAGAUCUGCUGCCUCAAAGACUCAGAGCCUGCUCUUGUUCCUUGAAGGUCUCAUUCCGAGACCAAAUUAUCUGACUGUAGGUUCACUGCUUAAUGCACUGAUACCUUUUCCGCAGACCUGCACUGACCCAUUCAUUCUAUAUAGUGCAGGGUCUCAAUGUGUUCCACAAGAGUGAUGCAAUGACAUGCUGUUUCCCAGGCAACAUGUUUUGCUGGUAGACUGGAAGUGCGUGGAUGCCAUUCUCUUAAGCCUCUAAAAGGCAGUGUGUUGUAGCAUUAAACAGCUGUCAGAUUAGCAGAACACAAGAUUGGGCCAAUCCUAUGGACACCAUUGGGGUAGUGAGCCACUGGUAGUACUCAGCGUUGCAUUGGUGGAAAACGAAUGAUAAAGUGAAAUCAUUGCCGGAUUUCGUGGUUUCAUUUGAACAAAAGGGCUGGUGUCUGUGGCCCCACAGCCAGUGAACUCCUCUCAUGUACAUUUCUAAAGAACGACGAGCAGUUCAGUGAAAGUGUAAGAAAUGUGUGACAUUGCCUUGCUUUAUGCACUGCAGUAACUUAUAUUCACUCAAAUCAUCCGAGGUGUCAUUUAUUAAAAGAUAUAUCUUCAUAAAUAAUCAUCAGAGAAAAAAAAGAGCUUUUAAAUGAUGAAAAAAACUAAGAUUUUUCAUGCUGUUGAAACAGAGACAGGGUGAGGGUGCUGUGAAGAGGAUUAGCCAGGAAUUCAUUUGAAUUCUUUCCACGCUAAGUCAGCGGCAACAACCCCAACAUGGAGCUUCAGUUGCCUUUAUCCAGAGACAGAAUCUCUGUGUAGAUUGGAGGCUGUGUAAACUGGAGGAGAUUUAAACAGGUCUGUGUUUGGCACAAUUUCUAAUGCAACCAACUGCCUUUUUUCUUUUUGUGUGUCAAAUCAUUAGAUCCCAGGUCAUAAGCAGCACUUGUUAUUAAAUGUUACUUAUGAAAUGUCAUUCCCUUUAUAUAAAGACAGCUGAAAACCCAAUGGUGAUGUAGUCUUUCAUGGACUACAUCCUGAAAAUCAAUAUAUAUCAAUCAAAAUGACCACUUCUCAGCUGCACCAAGGCAUUGUGGGAACUGUAGUUUACCACAGAAUUCUGGGGGUUUAUGGAUUUGUAAUUCAGACCAAUUUCCUUCACAAUUAAGAACUUUUGUUUUAUUUGUGUAUUUAUUUAUUUAUUUAUUUAUUGAUUGAUUGUAUGUUGAUAUUUACAGGAUAGACUUGAAUGGCAGCAUCUGAUUUUUUUUUCUUUGUUUUCAAACACAAGCAUUCAAAAUGAGCGUCUACAGUGUGUGCUGAAAGGGAUGUUGGUAAAGAACAGGGGCCAAU